AAAAGGAAAACACAACCAGGAAAGAGCAGUCGGAAGACAUCAGUAAUACGGACAAGAUGGAUGUCAUUCCUCGACCAGAACUGUUUGAUUUCCACGGAGUCUGCAUGACUCACUAUUACACAGACAACUGGGAAAAGGUUCAAAACUUCCAGGCCAGGCCAGAUGAUAUAGUUAUUAAUUCCUACCCUAAAGCAGGAAACACCUGGCUCUCCUACAUCAUUGACCUGCUGUGUCAUGAUCAGACAUCCAUCCCUUUGUAUAAAAGGGUGCCAAACUUGGAGAUCGCCAUCCCUUCUCUGCAGCUAGGAUUGGAUCCUCCUCAAGUCAUGCUCAGAGGAACAGAAAUGGCGGAUAACCUCUCCACCUUUCCUCGACUCAUUAGGACUCAUCUUCCAGUCCAGUUUCUGCCAAAGUCCUUUUGGGAGCAAAACUGCAAGGUCACAAAUGCCUUUAAAGUACAGUUCAAUGCAAAGGAUAGCGUGGUGUCUUAUUUCCAUUUCGACCACAUGACCAAAAUCCAACCAGAGCCUGGAGACUGGAGCAGCUACCUCCAGAGAUUCAUGGAGGGGAAGAUGGCGUUUGGAUCCUGGUACGACCAUGUGAACGGCUGGUGGGAUAAGAAACAGAGUUAUCCAAAACUCCAUUACAUGUUCUACGAAGAUCUGAUUGAGGAUACUGGGCGGGAAAUAGACAAACUCUGCUGCUUUCUUGGUUUGUCUCCUUCAGCUGAAGCAAAGGAAAGAAUUACAGGCAGCGUGCAGUUUGAUGUUAUGAAAAAGAACAACAUGGUCAACCUUUCAACAGUUCCAUUGAUGGAUUUCAAAAAGUCUUCCUUCAUAAGGAAAGGGAAGGUUGGUGACUGGAGGAACCAUUUCACCGUGGCGCAGGAUGAAAAGUUUGAUGCGGACUACAAGCAGAAAAUGAAGAAUUCUACACUGAAGUUUUGUACUGAAGUAUAGAGGGUGUGCAUGUCCUGAACUGUGAUUAAUUUGAUAAUGUUGAUGUCAGAAGUUAAAUUUGAUUGACAAA